AGACUGCAGCUGUCCAUGGUGCUGAAGUCUGUUUAAGGCUGUUGCAACUAAUAAAUUAAAGGCUUGGUUCUUUUAUGGGAUCCCGAAUUCUGCACCAAAUGAAACGAAUAUCAUGUUCCUAUUUCAGUGCUCAGUGACCCAGCAGAGUCUUGGCUGAACUGACAUUUAAUGUUUUGAAUCGCCCGUUUCUAUGAUGACCUAUAGAUUUGAAUGGAUCCAGCGCUGUUUGAUUAAUUAGACCUAGCAAAGGACAUCCUAUAAAAUCCUUGUUACAGCUGGUUGAUUUACGUGUGCGUCUACAAGACUUGACAAUUCAUUUGCGCUGGAUGAACUUCACGAAAUUUCGCCGCAAAAUUAUUACCCGUAAUAAUUCCCACACUCGGUGUGAAUGCGGGAGCACGCGCGCGCUCUAGCAACCAAACCAAGCGAGGGCAAGUAAACUGUAUAAGGUUUCGAUAGGUGGUAAAUGAGAUCCAUCUGACCGCUUUAUAUCUAGUUUCCUGCUCUUUCCCAAACGCAGUCUAUCUCGCGUUACUUCAAUUUAGUUCCGUUGUGUUUUAGUUUUUAGUGCUGCAAACUUACCGUAAACAUGUUGCUAAUCGGUAGGCUAUUUGCGCAAGGUUUUAAACACCGUACGUUACAGCAGAGUGGGCUCGCGCAGUAGCGAGGAGAGGUGGACGCCUCGCGGAGUCGUGUUACGUCUUGCUUUUUAUAGGAGGAAUGGGGUAGUGAAAUGCCAACUCUCUGGAAACAGAUAGUGUUCUCCUUCGCUUCUAUACUCAGCAUCGGUUCGGUGGUCCUUCUGGUCGUAGCACUGUCCACCGAGCGCUGGGUCACCGGAACCACAUUGUGUCAGACAGGAGUAGAUCUGGUGAACGCGUCUAGUUUAGAGCUCGAGCAGUUCACGGGACACAUUUACUAUGGCCUCUUUCAGGGCGGGAAAACACGGAGAUGCGGGCUCGGAAUCCGCCGCUCUAAAAUAUACAUUUUCCCAAAACUCAUCAAAACAAUCAACAGUGGUCUUCACAUGAUCAUUAUCUUCUUCCUUUUCACUGCUAUUGGCUUUGCAGUGCUGAGUUUAGCUUUCUGUAUAUACAAUGCCAGAAAAGUUCCUUAUCAAUCUAUCAAAGGACCUUUUGGCAUCUACCUCUGGAAUUUCAUUGCAGCUCUGUUCAGUGCAAUGGGCUUUGCGUGUUUCCUUGCAGCAAUUCAGUGCCAUCAGCUCACGAAAGAUGUGGCUAACUACCGUGAGAGCCUUUUUACCCUUGUGAUCCUUGAGGAGAAUCUUGGCUUCUCCUUCUGGUUGUGCGUUGCCAGCGCUGUAACACAUGGAGCUAACAUUCUUGUAGUAGCCUCCAGUAGAAUACAUCUGCCUAAAAUACAGACUAAGAAACCCGAAGAACCCUCAGCCACUGGAGAAGAUUUCCUCUACUAAUGUGACCCGCUCGUGUGACCCGACAUCUAAUGAACCUGGGGUUUAUGGGGUGAUAUGAGCUGAUUUAUGACUAUAACUAUAGAGUUUCUCUAAGACAGUUUUAUUUUGGAGCAAAUAAGUAAUAUAUAUAUUAGUUGUUGUUUUUUUUUGUGGAGGCCAGCAAAAUGUUGUUUGACUAAAAGGUUAUGGGCGACUGCAGGACUGAAAUGUGACAUUGUGUAUGUCUUUACCACCAAGCAUGUUAAAUAUUAAUGUUAUCUACUUUUUAUUUUAGAGCUAUACUGAGAAAGAUGUAAUAAUGCAUUACCAUACAAAGAUAUAAUGAGUCAAUAAACUUCAUGUUUAAAAUCUUCCCUUUUUGGCAGACAAGCAAGCUUUAAACGUGCUAAACAACCAUCACAACAGAUAUGUAAUAGCAGGGCCGUUUCUGGACAUUUUGAUUUGAUACUUUUUGUAAAUUAUUUAAAUACACUGUCUCUUAAUAAUAAGCAUUGAAAUUAUUCACCAAUUUAUGUACAUGGAAGAUUUUUUUUUCUGUUCAAACAGAACGAUACUAACGUGCAGUGGUUGCGCGUAGUUAGAUCGCAAUGAAAGUUGUGCAAGUGCACUGUAUCAAAAUCUAAACUUGAUUGUUGAUUGAUUGUAAAUGUUGAUUGAUUGUAAAUUGACUGUAAAUUUAUUUUCCAGUUUAAUUUCUAUAUACAUCUAGUGCAGUGGUUGAGGUUUCCUAGAUUACACCCAGCACUGCACUUCAAUGUCACUACAUGUCAGAAUUAUUUUAGUGUCCUUUCAAAUAAUGCUGUAUUAAGUAAACAAUAAAUGUACAAUGCUUAUAAUAAAUAAGAAAUAAUACAAUUUCUUCAACAACAUUGUUUUUCUCUCUCUGUGCCAAUUUUUUUUAACUUAAGUGUGCUUUAUUAAAACACAUGAAUUAA